UAACACAGGUCAAUUCAACCCUGGGAGGCUCCUAAAUGCACCAGCUGAACUCUGAGACACGACUGACAAAAUGACAAUAUUAUAGAUAUCGUUCUGAGUUUUAAUUAAUCUUACAGUCAAUGGAGAAACCAGGUAAGAUGUUUAACUGGGUCGAGGAGUGGAACAUCUCUUUUGCAGGCUGUGGAUUCAGGAGCAUUUACUACGUGGGAGCUUUGAGCUGUAUCCUGGAGCGGGCUCCACAGCUGGUUCAUGGUGCUUCUAAAAUUUGUGGAUCUUCCUCUGGGUGUCUCGUGGCUGCCGCUCUCACUGUUGGCAUUCCCAUUGAACAGUUGUGUGCUGAUAUUUUAACCACAGCAAAGGAGGCAAGAAAACACACCCUUGGAGUUUUCCACCCGACCUUCAGCCUGCUCCGGACAGUCAGGGACUCCCUGCUGGAAAAGCUUCCAGAAGAUGCCCACCUCCGGGCUUCUGGAAGGCUCUGCGUGUCUCUCACCCGAAUAGCUGAUGGGAAAAAUGUUUUGGUGUCCGAGUUUGCCAGCAGAGAGGAGCUCAUUCAGGUUGAUCAGAUUGGUGACUUUACAGAAAAAUUGUUGGGAUCUUUUAGGCUUCUCUGGUCUAGUGAUCUAACCUCUUUACCUUUGCAGGUUCUCAUGUGCAGCUGUUUUUUCCCUGUUUACUGUGGUUUCAUUCCACCUUCAUACCAUGGCAUGCGCUACGUGGAUGGAGCACUGAGCAACAUGAUGCCGUUGUCCGAGCAGAGAAACACCAUCACCAUGGCCCCGUUCUCGGGAGAGAAUGACAUUUGCCCCAGAGAAGGGUCAUAUAAUUUCUUUGAAGUCCACUACGGAAACAUCAGCAUUCAGGUCAACACAGGGAAUGUAUAUCGAGUCUGUACAUCCUUCCUCCCCCCCAGACUUGAGAAGCUGGCUGAGAUAUGCCACAACGGCUACAUGGAUGCUCUUUGUUUCCUGAGAGAGAAAGAUCUGCUUACAGCACAAAAUAUUCACAGCAGUGCAGUGGUAGGAGCCAAAUCUCCUUGCUGUGAGCAGACGAAGGAAGUGGGUCGAGCAGAAGAGAGGAUGAUGAAGUGUCACAAGGAAAACCAUCUGGACCACAGAGUCAUUGAGAACCUCCCAGUGGCUAUCAAGAAAGUGCUAUGUGAGGCAUGCAGGGAUUGUCAUGACAGUAGCAGCUGGAGGCCGCAUUACAGGGACUUCCUGACAAUGAAUUUGUUUACCUAUCUACUUACCUUCCUCAUCUUACCUGUUGAGCUGACCAUCUUUUUUACCAAAAGCAUGGUGUCAUUCAGCUGUACAGCACUUUGCAGGUUGUUACUGUGGUCUGCAGAUUUCUACAGGCAGAAAUGGAGUAUUAGCAAUGAUAGCAUCAACAGCGCAUCUCAAGAGAAUAACUGCAUCUGCAGGUCAUCUGGUUCAGACAGCAGGAAUCAAAGAGGACGAGACAUAAAUACACAAACUCUGAAAUCAAAGAUGACCUCAAAUUCUAAAAUGAAUCUCUGCUGGGACACCAAUGGCAAUAUGGACCUUAUUCCCCCUGUCUCAACUAGAACUGCAUCUGGCCAGGUGAUGUUAAACACACCAGGAAAGGGACGUGUAAUCAACCAUAAAGAAAGUGGAAAAAAGAUUGAUUAAAGGAAACCAACAAAGGAAAACAAAAAAAAAAAUAAAAAAACUUCAGCAUUUGCUGAACAUGUUGACAUCUUAUCAACACCAUGAGUCUAAUUGUAAUGUACAACAGGAAAAUAAAAAGAACGCCUUUUUCUUCGCAAAGAUUGAACAAUAGUUACCAUGUGAUAUUGAAACAAAGGUAAAACAAAAGUAUAGAAAAAGCAUCAUCAGUAAAUUUUAAUGGACAAAUGAGUCAUUCCGUGUGACCGAUAUAAUCAUAAACAUAACAUAAUUCUACAAUUCCUAAAGCAAAAUAAAAAUAAAAUAAAACCCAUUAUAUGUUUCGUAACACAUUUAAAGGCUGGUGAGAUGAUGCCUCUGCAGGACCUCUGACAUCGAGUCAUCACUUUGCAUCUCAUCAGUUCAUAGCACCAUGAAUGUAACAUUUUAAUGCUAACCAAGUCCUCCCUGCAAACAGAGGAUCACACAAGCUCACACUGAUCAGUCAAGUUUAUAAAAUAAAAUUUCUGGAACUUAUCUGCUGUUUAAACAGCAGAUGUGAAAGUUCUCAUUUACUGCAUUGCAGUGCAGUACAGUACAGUACAGUAAAAAGGCAAAACAAAGGUUUAAAUGAUGUGUGACUGUCUUUGAAAAGACAGUCACACAUCAUUAGCCACUUUCAGACAAGUAUUAAUUUGUAUUCAUCUUACAGCAUCUUAUCAAUGGGCACUCCCGGUCAUUCUGUUCUAAAAGUCAGAAGGGCAAUCUUAUUGGGCCAAACCUAGUAAUAUUUACGAAUCACUUUAAGAAACAGACAGUAUAAAAACUGGUGCUGAAGCGCCUUAAACCAAAGGCCAGCAUAAUGAUUCAUGUGGUUGUCAAAAAAAAAAAUUCUCUGGAAUGAUGGUAUGUGUGAAAAAAGCUCUGAGGAACAUUACCAUGACUUAUGUCAGGACAGAGCACCAUCGAUGUUGAACGCACCAUGUCUGAAAGAGGCUACUGUCAAGUCCCUGAUUUCACAUAUUUAAAAAGACUGCAGUGAAGACGAUCAUGCUGUAUAUGUUUACAAGA